UUUUCUAGUCGGUGGUAAAAAACGUGUCGGACCACCAUACCCAAUGAGGAAUAACGUCUAUAAAAGAAACAUUUUGUUGAGUAAUAACCGGUUUUGAGUUGAUUUGGUGAGCAAUUUCGGAAAGAUUAGAGAUAUGUUGGAUUCUUGGCAGUGUUAGCUUAUUUUCAACAUGUUCGCCAAACCGUUUCGUGUCAAGUCCAACACCGUAAUCAAAGGAUCAGACAGGAGAAAGCUAAAAGCUGACUUAUCUGCAGCCUUUCCUUCACUUUCUGCUGACGAGUUGUCAGAGCUGAUUCCCAACAAAGAGGAAUUAAAUGUAGUGAAGAUUUAUGCACACAAGGGAGAUGCUGUGACACUUUAUGUCCUUCAUAAAAAUCCUCUUUUCUUUGAGCUGGAAAAACAGCUCUAUCCUACAGUGUAUUUGCUUUGGCGCUUCCCUGGUCUCCUACCAAUAUUUACAACAUGGUCUCCUGUGCUUCAGAAGCUGAUAGGAGGGGCAGAUCUCAUGCUGCCAGGUGUGGUGGUGCCUUCAAAUGGCCUCCCGGAUGUGAAUCGGGGGGGUUGCUGCGCUGUUACAGUUGUGAACAAUAGAGCUCCUGUUGCUGUGGGCACAGCUGCAGUUUCCACCGCUGAGAUGCAUAAUUUGGGAAUGAAGGGAAGAGGAGUGUGUGUUCUCCACACAUACAUGGAUAACUUGUGGGCUUUUGGGGAUAAGUCAGCUCCCCCUUCUCUACCAGACCCAGAGAGCGAAGAACAAGGGCCGAAUGGAGAGGAAAGUGAGACAGAAGAGAAAGUGGAGGAGAAUGUUGAGAAGAGUGUGGAAGAACAACACAAUCCUGAUCAGAUGGUUACAGAUGAAGUCUGCUCCAGUGUCGAAGAGCUGAACCUGGCUGAAAAGGGUGAACAAGAGGAUGAGGAAGAGGAGGACCAGAAAACACCUCAAGAGAUCAUGGACGCCCUGCUGUUUCAGUGUUUCCUCCAUGCUCUCAAGUGCAAGGUGAAGAAGUCAGAGCUCCCUCUGCUGACCAGUACAUUUCUCCGCAACCACAUGUUUUCCUGCUGCCCAAGUGGAAAGCAACUGGAUAUCAAGAAAUCUAGUUACAAGAAGCUGUCUAAGUUUCUACACACCAUGCAGCAGCAGUAUAACCUGGUACGAAUCAAAGAACUGACUAAGGGUGUGGAGAGCAUUGUGGAGGUGGACUGGAAAAAUCCAGAACUGCGUUCCUUUAAUGUUCCUGAAGACACGGCUUGUGAGGCUGUUCCGGCGCAGGACGGAGGGGAAGCAGAGGUUCAGUACUGUCCCCCUGAGAUCACAACUUUAUACUCGGUGUCAGCUCGUGUGGAACCUCUUUUCCUGGAUGUGAACAAGAGGAAAGGAACAAUACUCCAGCCCGCUGAAGUGAGAAGUAUUGUUACUGAAUAUGUCAAGAAGAAUGAAUUAGUGGCUGAAAAUAAUAAAAAUUACGUGACCAUAAACCCUACUCUAUGUGACUGCCUGCUGGAGAAAUCUGAGUACCAGGAGAUAGAGUGUCUUAAGUGGGAUGACCUCUUCAGCAGAACACUGGGAAAAAUGCAGGAGUGCUAUCAAAUAGUUUUCCCUGGACAAACCCCCAUUAUAAAGAAGGGUCACAUUGAGCCCAUUGACAUCUCCGUGGCUUCUCGAGGCUCAAAUAAAAAGGUGACUUUAAUAAAGAACCUGGAAGUGUACGGUUUGGAUCCCACCGUCGUGUCUAUAGCUCUGCAGCACAGAGUUCAGGCCAGCUCUGUUUUACAGCCUAUCCCUGGGGCUAAGGACAAAGUCCUGGUCCAGAUCCAAGGAAACCAGAUUCAACAAGUCAGCAAUUUGCUGAUAGAUAAUUAUCAAAUUCCUCGCAAGUACAUCCAAGGAAUAGACAAAGCUCCAAAGGGUGGGAAGAAGAAGUAGCGUUUGUACAUCGUCUGCCAGCCAUUUACUGGAUGUAAAAAUAACAAAAACCUGUUUAUGUUCAUUAAAAUAAACUGAAGCUCA